UUCCCGAGGAAAAAAAAUCGAAAAAGCUUUUUCUCUGGGUAUUUUAUCUUUGAUUAGUCAAUUACACAUCUCUCUAUCUCAUCCCCUCUCUUGCAUCCCUUGCUUAAUCUGUUUGGUCUCCUUCUUUGCUUUCUCUAGUAAAAGUACAAAGAGAAAGAGAUUCAGACAUGGGUUAGUCUGCUGUCUUUUUUUUUUCUGAUAAAUCCUCUUCUUAUUUAACUUUAGCUGUCUCCUUUUUUUAGGGUUAGGGUUUUGAGGUAAGAGAGAGAAAGUAUGCGUGAGUUACAUCCUUUUUGAGUGACCCUGGAUUCUCCACCGCCUAACGACCGCCGUCGCCGCCGCCGAGACGACGCCGAGCUUCCUCACUAUGCUCCUCAAUCAAUGGCACCAGAAGACGACGAACCUCACCACUUCCUCCACCCUCCACCACCACCACCGCCGUCUUCUUCAAUGAGACACCACGCCACGUCAGAAGCGGCGGCGAACGGCGGCUGCGGCGAGAUAGUCGAGGUGCAAGGAGGUCACAUUGUGCGGUCCACUGGAAGGAAAGACCGUCACAGCAAAGUCUGCACUGCUAAAGGACCACGUGACCGGCGCGUGAGGCUUUCGGCUCACACGGCUAUUCAGUUUUACGAUGUUCAAGACCGGCUCGGCUUCGACAGGCCGAGUAAAGCCGUUGACUGGCUUAUCAAGAAGGCGAAGACUUCCAUCGACGAGCUCGCUCAGCUUCCGCCGUGGGAUCCCGCCGACGCUAUUCGUAACGCCGCCGCGAACGCGAAGCCGAGAAGAACCGCCGCCGUGAAAGCUCAAGUUUCUCCAUCUCCUCCGCAGCAGCAACAGCAGCAGGUUCAGUUCGGUGGUGGAUUCGACGGAGGAGGAGAGAGGCGGAGGAGUAAUGAUAACGAGACGAGUUUUCUUCCGCCGUCGAUGGACUCAGAUUCGAUUGCUGACACUAUAAAGUCGUUUUUUCCGGUGGUUGGCUCUUCCACGGAAGCUCCGCCGCAUCAGCUUAUGCACAACUACCACCACCAUCAUCAGCACCCGCCGGAUUUGCUUUCAAGAACGAAUAGUCAAAAUCAAGAUCUCCGUCUCUCGCUGCACUCGUUCCCGGAAGGUCCACCGCCGCUUCUCCACCACCAGCACCACUCCGUCGCGGAGCCUGUUCUGUUCUACGGACAGAGUAAUCCGUUAGGGUAUGACACGUCGACAGGAGGCUGGGAGCAGCAGUCAAUUCAGAGGCUGGUGGCUUGGAACAGCGGUGGAGGAGGAGCAAGUGAUAUAGGAAACGGAGGAGGGUUUCUCUUUGCUCCUCCUCCUCAUCAUCCUUCAACGACGUCGUUUCAGCCAGUAUUUGGCCAAAGUCAGCUUUAUUCUCAGAGGGGUCCCCUUCAGUCCAGUUACAGUCCUAUGAUCCGUGCUUGGUUUGAUCCUCACCACAAUCAUCAGUCCAUCUCCACCGACGAUCUCAACCACCACCACCACCACCAUAUGCCUCCGCCACUUGCCUCAGGUGAAUUCUCUUCCGGUUUUCGCAUACCAGCACGGUUUCAGGGUCAAGAAGAGGAGCAGCACGACGGUCUCAACAACAAACCGUCCUCUGCUUCCUCUAUGUCUCGCAAUUGAUAACAAUCCAGAUAAACAUCCUCUAGUUCCAGGGCUUGCCAAGCUUCCAUUCACAUUGAAAAUUUGGCUUAGAUUGUUCGGAACAGGGAAGAGGUUUCUCGGUUUGUAAUUCAGUGGCUUGAAAAAUGCAAGGAAGGGAUGUUGGAGUAAAGAAAGAAGAACAAAUGUGGCUCACAGUUUCAGGUUCUUCCUUAUUUCUUCUUCCAAUAUCCUGACCUUACCAAUUGUAAUUUUCAUCUUUUUUUACCUGUUAGACAGUGUUCUGUAGCUCAGUUAUGGUUAGUUUCUAAAGCUCCUUCUUGUUGUGUGUUGUAUCAUUAUCAUCUUCUUGUUACUGCAAUAGCCAGAUACUUGAGAAAUUGCAGUUCCCUGUUUUUGUUUUGUUGUAAUGCUCUAAUAAAGUCUUGAACGUUC